GAGGUUCAGUCACAGAGACAGAGACAGUGUGGGAGAGUCACAUAACUAACAGAACAUUUGAUUAUUUUUAUUUUCUGGAGUGGAGUUUGUGAGUCUGGAUUUAGAAUGAAGAUCCUCCUCAUCUUCACCUUCUUCCUGAUUAUAGCUGGAACUGAUGCUGUAACUACAGUAACUGGAUACAGAGGAAGAUCAGUUCAGAUUAAAUGCCCCUAUGAAUCUGGAUAUGAAAAAAACAAUAAGUUUAUCUGCAGAGGUGAAUGUCCCUUUGUGGGGUAUAGAGACAUUCCUGUUCAGUCUGGAUCUCCUCCUAAAGACACCAGAUUCUCUCUGUAUGACAACACAACAGCCAGAGUCUUCAUCAUCACCAUCACUGAUCUGAGAACUGAGGAUGAAGGCACUUACUGGUGUACGAUACAUCUGAAACGUGCACAGGAUAUUUACACAGAGAUUCUACUGCUGGUUAAAACAGGAUUCCAAACUACUCUUGUCAUCUCUGCUGUGUCUGUGGUUCUAGUGCUGCUUAUCGUUGCCUUUAUAUUUAUUGUAAUGAUACAGAGGAAAAAGAAGACCCAAGGCUCUGAAACAGUGAGGCAAUCAUGCAGAGAGACAAAUGAAGAAUAUGAAAAUGACCUAAAUUUACCUCCAGUCCAAGCAAGAGAAAACACAACCACCAGCCAAUCAGUCUACCAGAGUCUGUCAAUUACUCCUAACCAAUCAGAUUCAGUCUACCAGAGCCUGUCAAUUACUAAUAACCAAUCAGAUUCAGUCUACCAGAGUCUGUCAAUUACUAAUAACCAAUCAGACUCAGUCUACCAGAGUCUGUCAAUUACUAAUAACCAAUCAGACUCAGUCUACCAGAGUCUGUCAAUUACUAAUAACCAAUCAGACUCAGUCUACCAGAGUCUGUCAAUUACUAAUAACCAAUCAGAUUCAGUCUACCAGAGUCUGUCCCAUACUAAUAACCAAUAAGAAUACCACUGUUCACUAUCCAACUAGACUGGUUUUGAAUGUCAGACUGAUUAAUGUAACCACAUUGUUUGUUUCUUUCUGCAGUUUUUUUUUUUGCCUUUUUAUCUUUUAAUUACUCUUUUGUGCUUUAGAUAAUUUCAAAUGUUUUUACUGUGGACAAAUUACACAGUCUUUGCAUUGUAUGUUUGGGAGUGGAGCAGACACGGUCAGCUCUCAAUUAAGCUGGCUGAGUAAAUUUCGAGAGGCCAGGCACUUGCUUCCCGUGGCUCGGGCCCGUGUCUGCCAAGGCGGAACGUCGGCUUUGAUCACUGGGCUCACAGCUGGAGUAGGAGGAAGUGGAGCAUGAGACAGCUAAUCCCCUUUCUCUCGACUAAUGUUGUCUGCAUCAGGCUCUGUGUAGCUGUGAUGUCAGCAACGAAUUGUGGGUUGCAGUUCUUCAGUCAUCCCAAAAUUGCCUUCAAAUCCAUGUAGGACCACCUCUGUCCUCAUAGGCAAAGCCUAUGUAGUGGCAGGCCAGGCUGGAGCAUUCCUGCACACCACUGGUUCUUGCAGUCCUAUCAAGCUGACCUGCUGAGGGAUUAAACCCUGAGAUGGUUGCUGAGCUCCACUGGAUCACAGACUUUGUUCUCUGUGCCACCAAGUUAAUGGCUCAUGCCAUCAGCCAUUCCAUGGCUACUAUGCUUGUCAUGGAGAUGCAACUGUGGCUCAACUUCAAUUUAAUUUUAUUUGUACAGCACACUUAACAGUGGACAUUGUCUCAAAGCAGCUUUACAGAAAUAUAAAAAGUAUAGAAUAAAUAUGAAUAAGAAACCCUUAGAGGAACCAGUCUUAAAUAGAAACCCACGCUUGUUUGGGUAACACGGGAGAGUGUGAUUGUAAAAUACGUCCUUUCUACAACUGUAUAUGGUCAAGUGGAUUUUUGGAACCAGAAGCUCUUCAGGUCUGAGAUAACAGUGUCAAGUUAGCUAAUCUCUCCCUGCAUCCAAGAACCAAGGCUUUCUACCAGUCGUCCCUGGUCCCAGGCUGGCUCCCAUAGCUAGUGUGGUGGCCUAUACCCCCUCUCAUAGAAAUAUGGUAGUGGUCUAGCUAGGUAGUGUUGCAUGGGGAGACCCAUGAAUUUUUUGUCCCCGUCAUCUGCCCUAUGAAUCUCUGUGACAGGUAAAGCUAUGCUUGCUGUGCUCAGCUUGGGCCCUUAGUGCUUACGAUCACCGCUCUAGCCUACUCUAUCUGUCCACUCUGGCCUACUCUACCCAAUGUUUCAACUUUGGGAGCCAAGCUUUUGCCCACUGGGUACUAGAAGUCAUCACAUUCCUAUGGGGUGUGUGUCUUGUCUUCGCCCCUAGGUUGCAUGAUGCUCUCCACCAUUAUUGUAGUAUUGCCCAGCUGGUGAGGCUGUUCAGUCACUUUGACCCAGCAGUUGCCUGUGCCAAUUCACACAGCCCUGUUGGAUCAGAUUUUUUUCUUGUGUGGCAAUGUUGGUAUUACCAUUCCCAUAGCGUCAAGCCAUGACACAGUGCUGAGUUCCCGAAAAAGGUAAUGUCUCUGGUUAAAGAGACCAUGCUUUCCUCUGUGCAUGCUGUACCCUUCUUCUACAACAUGGCUGACUUAUAUAGCAACACACUGCAUUCUAGCACCCCUAGUGGUGAGGAGGAGAAUAACAACCUUUGAAUAGCCCUAUAGCGGGCUUGUGAUUGUUAUAACCUGUGAUGUUUUUGUUGCCUUUCUGCCCUGUGUUCCUUAUCUCGACUAUUCCUUAUAAUCUGUUUUUGCCACCUUGACCCUAUUCUGCUCCAAUCUGUUCUCUGCCUGCUGUUUUGUACUUGUUUGUAUUUUGCCCUCCGGCACCCGUGUCCAUGCAGCCUGCUUCUGUGUCCUGUUUUCACCUAAUGACAUCACUGAUCACUUUUUCCCCACUAGCCAUGCGUGUAACAAUGCUGUACAUAAAAUCAUUUUUCACUGGGCUUUAAACUUGUCAUUUGUAUUUUUCAUUUACCAUUCCUUCUUCUUUUACAGUUAGCUUAUUAAUAUAAAGCCUUUUGACCAUCUCUAUGGUGUUUAAGAAAAAAAAACACAGAAGAUAUACAUGAAAUACAUUGAACCUUAAUGUCAUUGUAAAUACACAAAUUAUACAUUCAUUGUGUACACUCCUGACUCCUGACUCAUUCUCAUUGUUCUGGCCUGACUAAUGGACAAUAGUUUAGUUUAUUAUGACUGUCUUGGCAUCUAGCGGCUGCAGUUGGUAUUGCCAGGAUAUUAGUUUUGAAUUUUCUAACUUUCUCCCUGAAGUGACUUAGGGGCAUCUGCUAUGAUCAAGCAGAUAUCCCUCUGUAUAUGAGGGUGUUAGUGUAAUUGAAAAUUGUUGCUUACGUCUUACAUCUGGCUUUCUGUUCUUGUUUAUAAAUAUAUGUGUAUGUAUCAUGUUUAUGCCAUGAUAUUAAUAGGC